GUAAAGAGUAAGUGAAAGUAAAACUGAUCCGCGGACAUUUCACGAACAUGAUCGAGCUCCCGUCAGCGGAACAUCUAUAUUUGUAAUUAUUUAUAGCUGAAGGACAUAAUUGUUUUGGUGUAAUGUAGCAUUUGAAGAUGCUCAAGACGAACUGUGUUUUGGUGUCAGUCCUGCUGAUGAUCGCUGAUGGAUUCAUUGUGCACGGUCCCUCUGGUCCUCUGGUUGCUCCUCUGGGAUCUUCAGUGGUUCUGCCCUGUUAUGUUGAUGAACCUUUAUUAAUGGAGGAUCUGGAGGUGGAAUGGAGAAGAAGAGACUCAGAUACUUUAGUUCAUCUGUAUCAAGAUGGUGAAAGUCAACCAGAGUCCCAGCAGCAGGAUUAUCAAGAUAGAGCUCAUUUCUUUACUGAGAACAUUAAAGAUGGAAACUUCUCCCUCCGUCUGGACAGUCUGAGAGCUGAAGAUGAAGGAGAAUACACAUGUACAGUUCACCGUCAGCAGGAGUCUGGAGAGACUGUGGUUGAAAUAAAAGUUGAUAAUGUUGAGCGUUUGCUGGUCUCAGGAUCAGAUCGGUCUAUAUCUGUGUCUGUGGGUGAAGACGUCACUCUGAACUGCUCUGUAGACUCUCACAUCACUCCUGAAGACUUUGAACAGGUUUCAUGGAAGAAAACUGAUGAAGAUAAAGAAAUUAUGGUUCUUCUCUACCAAGACAAUGAGGCUUUACCAGAGUCAUCACAUGAGCGAUACAGAGACAGAGUUGAGUUCUUCACUGCUGAAAUCCCCAAAGGAAACUUCUCUGUCCGACUGAAGAGCGUCAGAACUGAGGAUAAAGGAGUUUAUAUGUGUGAAGUGUUUGCUGGAGGAGCUUCAGCCAAUGCAACUGUAGUGCUGGAGAGACUGGGUUUCUCUGCUCUACACAUAAUAAUGAUGAUUCUCUGUAUUUCUGCAUCUGGAUCUGCUCUUCUGCUCUGCUGUCUGAUCUACUGCAGAUCUCCUACUAAAGACACAGUGUUUCGUCUUCAGAUGUUUCUCGUCUUCUGUCCAAAUAUUCUGAUGUUUCUGUCUUUCCUCCUCUGGGGAUUUUCUGAAGGAUCUCUGUUUGAGACGGUCUCUUGUUGUGCUCUUUAUUUUCUGAGGCCUCUCAUGUUGCUCUGGGCGGCUCCAUAUAUUAAUAACUUCACAGGCAAUAUAAAAACAUGGGUUCAGUAUUACAGUUAUGACACAGAAUAUAUUGUUUUCUCGGCUGUUUUUUACUCAGUUCUGUUUAAAUCUGCCUUGGACAAAAGUCUGAAUUUCGCUGGAUUUGAAGGUGUCGUGAUUAUAGUCAUGUUUGUGAUUGUACUCCUGUUCAACCUCUUCUAUAUUAUUUACUCAUUGGUGAGUUUAAUUGGGAAUGUAAGUCAACGGAUCAUUACUAUAUUCAGUGUUCUGGCUGGAAUAAGCUUUAAUGUUCUGCCUUCACUACAAUUCAUCCUCCUGUUUUAUGCCUUUGGAUCUGCUAGAGGAGGAUUCAUCAUUGUUGCAGUUUUACCAGUGUUUCUCACUGUGACAAGAUACAAUUGGGACGCAGUAUGUGGUCAACAGAUGGGCUGUUCACCUUCGGUCAGGAGAUCAGUGUAUUUAACUCUCAUGUUAUUGGUCAAUGCUGUAUUGGUCUAUUUCUACAUCAUCGCUCUGGAAAAUGAAAAGGAUCGUGUGGGAUGGAUCUGUGUGAUUGUGUUUCUUCAGUUACUCUGGGCAGUGAUGAACUUCACAGUGUCAUUUGAUUAUGCUCUUCCUCGUCUUGUUCCUGUGUAUGUGUUUGGAUCAGUCGGUGUUGUUGUACUGAACUCUGUUGCUCUGAUGACUGAACUGAUACUGAAAACAGUUAAUGGUGAAGGUGCAGUUGGAGAUCUGAGGAUCGUCGUCUUUUCCUCUGAAUUCAUCUUCACUUUAUUUCUGAUGGUUUUAAUGGUAUUUGAACCCUGGAUCACACCAUGUCUGGAGUCAUGUCAGAAGGCAAUAAAGUCUCGUCGAACUCCAGCCGCUGGAUCACAGGAUCAGGAAUCUCAGAAUGCAGCAGCUUCUGAUGAACCUCCAGCCGCUGGAUCAAACCAGAACCAGAACACAGAAUCACAUGGAGAUGAAUCCUCUACUGAAUCAACAAAACCAAGAGACUCAGCUGGAUUCAGUGGUUUCACAAACAUGAUCAACAAUCAGACAAAAACACUCCUGAAACAGUGAUUUAAGAGUUUAGUCUCGUUCUUCAUUUGUUAUUGAGGAGGUUUUUUAUAAUGUAUGUUUUGUAAAUAUCUGUAAAUAUAUACAGGAUGUUUAACUGUCACUGCACUUUGUAUUCAUAUAUUGUGAUUUGAUUUAUAAUAAUUCUAGCUGUAAACCAACUUCAACAGUAAACUGAGACUCUUCAAGAUCAGCAGAGAGAGAAAUCAGUGUUAUAAUUUGUGAGGUUUGGUCUCAGUUCAGGAUCAUGACGUCAGUAAAUGUUCAGUUCAGGGUCUCUUACACCCUUCAGAAACACUGAGACUGAAUAUUCACACCUUCAGAUGGAAGAUCAGAUCCUUCAUCAUGAUCGCAGCCGUUUGUAUUUCUACAAUGUUUGAAUUAUUAAAUAUUGCUUAUAAAUAUUAUGUUAGCUGCUGAUUCUGUCAUUAUCAGUCCGUUCAGACACUCAACAGCCACAAACACAAGUGAACUUCAGUAAAUCUCAAUCCAUCACUUCUACUAGACAUGAAGAUGAUAUUAAUGCUCAUAAUAAUACAGCUGAAAUCAUCCUGACAGAGCCGACAGCACCUGUACACACAACACAGACAUUAAUGCUCAUUAGACAGAUGAAAAACAAUCAUUUAAUACUGUAUGACAAGUUAGAUCAGAACAUCAUUUCUGGAGUUCAAACAUGAAAUACAGCAUUUGCCUUCCUGAAUGUCUUCAGUACAGCAGUCAGAAAACCAUCAGCAGAAGUCCAGAUCAUUCCCUAUGAGCAAAGAUUAAAGAGGAGGAACAACUGUUUCUCCUCAUGAAUAUGGUUCAGUCAUAUCAAAACUUGAUGGAGUUGUUGUUACCUUCCUUCCUCUAUAUCUGCCAUUUCUUCCUCCAAGUUUCCAGCCCAGAAUGAGUCCAAACACAGAAGCUCAUGAUCAGCCAUUCUCCUCCAUAAUACUGAGUCUGGGAAGCAGAUCAAGAAGUUAAUACAUUUAUAACUCUUAAUUCUUCUCUAAUUUCUAAAUUGCGAUCAAACAUGUUGGAUUCUUUAUAUAGAAGACAAAAUGAGAGAUUUUGCUAAAUGUCCAACUAUUGUUUGUAUUUAUAGUCUGUAUUGUUCUUCUUGUCUUUGUAUUGUGUAACAUUGUGCUUUAUUUCAUAUGUUGUAAAUGUAUGUAAAUAAUGUUUGUAAAUGGCAAUAAAACUAACUUUGACUGCU